AUGCAUUUCAGGCCCGACCCAGGAGAUGGUCUGAAGCCACAGCUGUCGUCUGAACACUUUCCAGGAAGUCAGGUCCUGCCCUCAGCGCGUGAGGCCAGGCCAAGAUCCGUGCCAGCUCUGGGGACAGCAUGUGUCCCAGAGUGUCACUCCCCACUCGGCUUUAACUGGAUCCGGCUCUACAAGGACAAUGACAACCACAUCCCUGAGCUCCAGGAAGAAUAUUCCAUCAAGAAAAGCUCUCUUCUGGGUCCUGUGACCCUAGCACACGCGGGGACCUACAGAUGCCAGGUGUCCUCCAGUGGCUACGAGUGGUCGGCACACAGCGACCCCCAGGCGAUUGUGGUCACAGGGAUGCACAGGAAGCCAUCCCUUUCAGCCCUGCAGGGCCUCGUGGUGGCAUCAGGAGAUAAUGUGACCCUGGCUUGCAGCUCUGACAGCCCCUUUGAUGACUUCCAUCUCUCCAGGGAGGGGGAGGCCUCUGCAGCCAGGCUCCCUGCAGGACACAGGCUCAAUGGAACAUUCCAGGCCCUCUUCCCUCUGGGCCCUGUGAGCCCAGCCCAUGGAAGGGCCUACAGGUGCCAUGGUUCACUCAGGAAAACUCCCUACACAUGGUCAGAGCCCAGUGACCCGCUGCUCUUGUCUGUCACAGGGCUGCACAGGAAGCUAUCCCUCUCAGCUCUGCAGGGCCCUGUAGUAGUGACAUCAGGACAGUGUGAUUCUGGCUCUCAGCUCUGA